CAACUCCCAUGCAGCAACAGGAGAGGGGAGAGCUGGAGAAGACUUUGAGCCCAGGGGCCAUCAGAGGGCCAGGCGUGUCGAUAAAAGGGAUUUGCUUCACCCUAAGGCUGUUGAUUGAUUAAGGACACAAAGUAGAAGUCAUGGCACUAAAGGAAAUUUCUAGUAAUAAAUGCUUUGGUGGUUUUCAGAAGGUGUACGAGCACGACAGUACCGAACUGAAAUGCAAAAUGAAAUUUGGAAUUUAUUUGCCACCAAAGGCAGACACGGAGAAAUGUCCUGUAUUAUAUUGGCUCUCAGGUUUAACAUGCACAGAGCAGAAUUUUAUAACAAAAGCAGCCUUCCACCAAGCUGCAGCUGAACAUGGCCUUAUUGUUGUUGCUCCCGACACCAGCCCACGCGGAUGCAAUAUUAAAGGCGAAGAUGACAGUUGGGACUUUGGUACCGGAGCUGGGUUUUAUAUAAAUGCCACUGAAGAGCCAUGGAAAACAAAUUAUCGCAUGUACUCUUACAUCAAGGAUGAGUUGCCUAAGCUGAUAAAUGCCAAUUUCCCAGCUGACUCUGGAAGAAUGUCUAUUUCAGGUCAUUCAAUGGGUGGCCACGGUGCUCUCGUCCUUGCUCUGAAGAAUCCUGGAAAAUAUAAAUCUGUUUCAGCAUUUGCUCCCAUCUGCAACCCUGUUCAGUGUCCAUGGGGAAAAAAGGCUUUCAGUGGAUAUCUGGGAUCCAGUGUGAAAGACUGGGAGGCAUAUGAUGCUACGCACAUUGUGAAGUCCUAUGAAGGCCCCCCUUUGGAUAUUCUUAUUGAUCAAGGGAAAGAUGAUCAGUUCCUUUCAGCAGGGCAGCUACUGCCUGAUAAUUUCAUUGCUGCCUGUACAGAGCGUAAAGUGCCAGUGGUCUUCAGGAUGCAGCAGGGCUAUGAUCAUAGCUACUUCUUCAUAACGACAUUCAUUAAUGACCAUAUCAAACACCAUGCAAAAUACCUCAACGCUUGACUGAGUACUCGCCCUGGGCAUCUCCCGAGAUUAUAAAAUAGCUGAAGGAAUCAGUGGAAACAAACAAGAGAAGUUGUGUGGAUAAUUAGUGCCUACUGCAAUGAGGUCUUGAUUUUCUGUUUCCGAAUAAAAUCUUCUUAAUUUUGAA